AUGCGCCGUGUCUACCAAGAGGUGGUAGUCCCCCAGAUGCUCUAUGGGGUCGCCGUAUGGUUGUGCCUCAAGGCAAGGACAAUGCCUAUGGAGAACGACCCAAAAUCACACCGAGUACACCGGAAUCUAGCAACGCGCCGCCCAAUUAAUAUCUGGAGAAUUCAGGUCGACCAGCACACCCGCACUCAAAAUGGAGCUGUUCCAUCUAUUCAUCGAGCUCCAUCUGUAGCAAAUGAUCGAGGAAACAGCUAUCCGAAUCCUGGCAAGAUUAGCCUGGGCUCGGCCAGAGCGCCUAUGCUGGUUACGCCUGCGCACGACCAAAGAGACCAAGGUUAA